AAGCCACAAUAAAACGACAAAAAAAUGACAAAAAAGCAACACAAAAGCGACACAAAAACAUGAAUGAUUUGUAACUGGAGUUUGGUUGAGUGAGUUUGUGCUACGAUGCUUCAUGUUGUGUGACUUCUGGAAGUCAAUACAAAAUGAUCUUUGGAAGAGGAACCAGACUAAAUAUUGAACCCUAUCAGGAUCUCAAGCCGUCCUUCUACAAACUGUCAUGGGAAAACACCACGGCAUGCCUGGCCACUGGGUUCAGCAGACACAACAAAAUCACAGAUUUGGAAAUCUUCAAUAAAACGGCACCGGCUGUCCGGAUACAUGAAGAGUCGCUGUACAACCAGGUGGCCUUUUCUAAUGAAAUGGAUCAACAAUGUGCGGAAAAUAAUUCUACAUCUGAGCCGUGCGUGGACCUUCUGCAACCAGAUCCGAAGGUGAACUUCGUGACUCUGAUCGUCCUUGGCCUCAGGCUGCUCUUCCUCAAGACCAUCGUCUUCAACGUCCUGUUGACUCUGCGGCUGUGGAUCAGUCAGUAAACUCUGCAGACCUUCAGCAGAAAAAGAUGACGGAUUCACACGACUUCCUGAUCAAGUGAAUGAAACGUCGCUCAGCUUCAUUUCUGCUUUCAUCGCCGUCUCAUCGUCUCGUUUCAUGUAUAAUAACUUGUGUAAGUCACAUCAGCUGUUGAUCUGUUUACGACAGCGUCCUGUAAAACAUGUACUCUUUAUUCUGUUUGAGAAGUUUAUCAUCCUGUCUGUGAAUGUUACUUUCUGUCCUGCUGAUGUAAAUAUCACAGUUUCUUUUGAUUUAACAGACUGAUUGUUCUGCUUUUUUAUAAAACUUGUUUGUUUGGUGUGAUAUUUCCUGUGUGACAUUGUUAAAAUAAAGACAGUUGAGAAAACAACAGA